CUCCAGUUUAUCCUCUUCCAACAGUAUGUAUCCUUAUACUGGUAGUUGUAGUUUUUUCUGUUUGUCAGCUCAUCUUUCCUAAUCUGACGGGAAGCAGUUAAUAGACCACAUUUCCCAGCAUCCCCGGUGCCGCGCCUCAUCUCUCUUCUCCAUUCGCCUUCCCUCCCACUCCACUGGGCCGCGAGGAAGUCGCAAGAUGGCUGAUGUCGCUUGGAAGUAAUGCUCCCCUCUGCAACAUGAAGCCGUGAGCGUGGAAGAAAGCGAGGGAGGCACCAUCGGGCUUUUAUUUUUAUUUUCUUUUAGUUACUUUUCUUUUAUUUCGUCAGACAUCCAUCUCAUUCCGCGUCGUGUCUACCCCGGACUUGUCUUCGGGAGUUGACGCGUCAAAUCACGCCGGGGACCCUGCCAACAGCUAACAGCUAGCAAAUAUUAGUACAGCUAACCAGUCAGCCAGACAUACAGUUUAAUAGUUUGUUUUAAUUGAUAUUCUGAAGCCGGCGAGCUACCAAGCUAUCGCUAAACAUGUGCUGAACUUUCCCUGGGGUAGUGCAGAAUAAACGUGAAGUAUUUCAGCUGUCAGAUAAAAAUAACGAUUCUUCGAACCGAUCGGUUUAACAUCAUGUCCGCGAACUGGCCAUCCAGUCUGUGGGUUGCUAACUAAUGCGCAGUGUUGCAUCUCUUAAAUGUGCCCAAGCCAGCAGGAUAACUGUAUUGUAGGCAUUUAUCCGUAAUAUCCUCCACCUUGCUGCAUUUCCGUUAUUUGCUGCCAACUACAUUUUGGAAACUGGUUAUAUUGAAGCAAAAUUAUGCAAGCACGAAAUAUUUUGAACUUUUUCUGGCUAUAGGUAGCUACACUGGCCUUGCUGGCAUCUCACCAAAAAUCCACAGGGAUGGACACUAAGCCGAGCAUUCACGACCAAAACUGAAAAAUUGGCUUAUCGAUAUCUCGGAAUAAGUAACGUUGGCCGACACACUUGAACAACACGUGACUCAUUUCACUAGUCUGUGUCACAUAUAUAAGUUCUUUUGCAGGGUUAACGAAAGUACUCACUACAUCGGAGACCAGUUGGCUUGCCUCAAGUGCAUAGCUUCCUACAGUCUCGCCCCACAUUACAUUACCAACACGGCGUACAGAACGUAUUCAGAGCCCGCUCCCGGCCAGACACACAGGCUCAACAACACUGUCAUGGGAGUGCAGGGUUUUCAAGAGUAUUUAGAGAAGCGGUGUCCCGGGGCAGCAGUCCCGGUGGACCUCCUGAAGCUUGCGUGGGUGUGUGGGGGCGAGUGGAACGCCAUGCUGGGCUACCUGGCUGCCCUGUCCCAGGCCUGCCUGUACCAGGGUGGCCUGGAGCUGGUCGUGGUUUUCAACGGCACCUUGGGGAAGGAGCGCUGGCCCGAGUGGGCGCGGCGAGCUCAGGGCCAGCGACAGACGGCGCAGCUGAUAGUCAACCACGUAGCCAGCAAGGCCACCCCGCCUCCCCGGGCAUGGUUCCUGCCCCCGGCCUGUCUCAGCCAUUGCGUCCGACUCGCCAUGUUCCGCUUCCGAGUCCGGGUUAUACAGACUUUGGAGGACCACCACCAGGAAGUGCUGUCUCUGUACAGAGACUAUGGAUUUGCUGGCUUGAUUGCUCAGGAUUCUGAGUUUGCCCUCUGCAACGUACCCGCCUACUUCUCCUCGCAUGCGCUCAAGCUGAGCUGGAAUGGCAAGAACCUCACCACACACCAGUAUUUGCUGUCCGAGGCUGCCAGGCAGCUCGGGCUGAAGACACAGCACCUGCCCUGCUUCGCUGCUCUGCUGGGAAAUCAUAUCCUGCCUGAUGAGGACCUGGCUGCCUUCCAUUGGAGUCUGCUCGGACCAGAACACCCACUAGCUUCUCUCAAGGUGCGAGCUCAUCAGUUGGUGCUGCCGCCCUGUGAGGUGGUGAUCAAGGCCGUCUCAGAGUACGUCUCCUCCAUCAAAGACCUGGGAAACCUUGACUCCAUCGCCAGAGAUGUCUUCAAACAGUCACAGUCUCGUAUGGAGGACAAGGUGGAGCGAUUCAAGAAAGCUGUGGAUUAUUUCUCAGCUGCCUCCAAACCACACUCGCCCAACAUGGGGCCCUCCUCUUUCAUCUUACCUGGGUUUGGACCCACUCCAUUUGGGGGACCACCUGGCCACAUGGGACCGAUGCAGCCUGGAAAGAAUCAGUUCCCUCCUCCCCAGGUUCCGGGGUUAAAGCCACCCUAUCAAAAUACUUCAUAUGGACCUGGCUCCACCCCACUGUUCCAGAACCUGCCACCACCAUCGCAGGACUGCAACGAUUCAUUGACGGGCAAGACAGGCUUCUCUGACUGGUCAGCUCCUUAUGAUUCCACUCAGGGGGGAAGUCGACUACCCAAUCAUCACACCGGCACUCAGUCUGGGCCCUCUCCAUCACCUUCCUCGUCAUCAGAUGGAGAUGAACCCAACGACAGCAAUGCAAACCAUUUGACGGACAAGCCCUCUCGGCGGGAGGAUCCUGCUGGAAGGGGGGGCUCGGCCUCUGGAGACGGUUCCCAAGGCAACGGGAGCGGGUCAAACAUUCCGUCACUGCUGUCUAUGGCGACGCGGAGUCACAUGGACAUAACCACACCCCCUCUGCCUCAGGUCAGUGCUGAGGUUCUUCGUGUAGCCGAACACAGACACAGAAGGGGACUGAUGUAUCCCCAGAUUUACCACAUAUUGACCAAGGGAGAGAUGAAGAUGCCAGUGUGUAUAGAGGAUGAGUGUAACUCUGAGCUGCCUCCUGCCUCUCUGCUGUUCCGUGCUGCUAGACAAUAUGCCUAUGGUGUCCUCUUCAGUCUGGCCGAAACCCACCGCCGCCUGGAGAGGCUUGCUCUCCGAAAGAGGGCUCCCCAGGAAGUUCCUCCAGUGAUUGUCAAAGAGUGGAGCAGUGGUAAGGCCAAGUCAGCCUUGACUCCAGAGCUGGUUCCAGCCCUGUGUUUCAGGGAGUGGACCUGCCCCAACCUGCGACGGCUGUGGUUGGGUCGUGCCAGUGAGGACCGCUCCAGGAGAACCAGGGCCUUCUUGGCCUGCUUACGCUCUGACUGCCCAGCUCUCCUCAACCCAGCACAGGUUCCACAGCAUCUGCUGCUCAUGUGCUGUGUGCUCAGGUAUAUGAUGCAGUGGCCUGGAGGAAGGAUCCUCCAGAGACAUGAGCUAGAUGCCUUCCUUGCCCAAGCUGUUUCUAGCCAGCUCUAUGAGCCCGACCAGCUACAGGAGCUCAAGGUGGAGAAGGUGGAUUCCCGUGGCGUGCAGCUGGCUGCCCUCUUUAUGGCCGGCGUUGACACAGCACUGUUCAUCAAUGAUGUGUGUGGCCAGCCAUUGCCAUGGGAGCAUUGCUGUCCCUGGGGCUUCUUUGACGGCAAACUGUUCCAGAGCAAACUGGCCCGAGCUGCCCGCGACCGAGCCGCCCUGCUGGACAUGUGUGAGGGCCAGGAAGAGCUGGUGUCCAAGGUCGAGAAGAUGCGUCAGGCGAUUCUUGAGGGCAUCAACCUGUCCCGCCCUCCUCCUCCUCCCCCACCUCUUCCACCUCCUGCCUUCUUGCCCCCUGCCAUGGUGCCGCCUUUCUACCCCAUGCCUCCCCUCUACCCACCUCGCCCUAUGGGUGGCAUGCCCCCUCAUCAUCAUCCACAUCAUCCUGCCCAGCACAGACCCAGAGCCUUCCCAGGCAUUCAGUCUAUCCCCCCUCAGGGAGGGAAACUGGAGAUAGCUGGCAUGGUGGUUGGCCAGUGGGCUGGGAACAAACCAGUCCGUGGGAGAGGGGGUUUCAACAUGCAGGUGGUGUCAGUGGGAGCAGGGAAAGGGUGA